AUGGGAAACAAUAGUUUGCAUCAUGUCAAAGAUUUCCACACAAACCCACUUCAGCUUUUGCUCUCUUUUUCUACAAAUUGUGAUAGAAUGAGGAAAUGGAGGAGUCAUAAGGGUAGUUUCAUUUACUUAGCAUUUUUCCUGUUUCUUUUGCAAGCUAUGGCUUGUAUCAUUCAACCUGUCUCAGGGCACAUGUGGGAUGGGGUGAUUGUUACUCAAUCUGAUCAUCAAGCUUUGCAGGCUAUUAAGCUUGAGCUGAUUGAUAUCAAAGGGGUUCUGAGAAGCUGGAAUGAUACUGGUUUAGGUGCUUGUUCAGGUGGUUGGGUUGGAAUCAAAUGUGUGAAUGGAGAGGUUAUUGCAAUUCAGCUUCCUUGGAGAGGGUUGGGUGGCCGCAUCUCAGAGAAAAUUGGACAGCUUCAAGCUCUUAGGAAGCUUAGUCUUCAUGACAAUGUUCUUGUUGGUCCUGUCCCUUGGUCUCUUGGCUUUCUUCCUAAUCUUAGAGGAGUUUAUCUCUUCAAUAACAGGCUUUCAGGUUCUAUUCCUCCUUCCAUUGGUAAUUGUCCAUUGCUUCAAUCUCUUGAUAUUAGUAAUAAUUCCCUCAAUGGUAAAAUCCCUUCUAAUUUAGCAAACUCCACUAGGAUAUUCAGAAUCAAUUUGAGCUUUAACUCACUUUCUGGAUCCAUUCCUAGCAGUUUCAGUAUGUCUCCUUCUCUUACUAUUCUUGCCCUCCAACACAACAAUCUCUCAGGAUCUAUUCCAAAUGAACUAGGUGCACUUUCCAGGCUUAGAAUUCUUGAUCUAUCAAACAAUGUAAUCAAUGGCAGCUUUCCUGCUAGCUUCUCCAACCUCUCUUCUCUUGUUUCAUUGAAUCUAGAGAACAAUCAACUUGAAAACCAUAUCCCAGAUGCUUUGGACAGGUUACACAACCUUUCUGUGCUUAACCUGAAGAACAAUAAGCUUGGUGGCCAAAUCCCAUCAACAAUUGGAAACAUCUCAAGCAUUAGCCAAAUUGAUUUCUCUGAAAAUAAAUUCAUGGGAAAAAUUCCAGAUUCCCUUACCAAACUUGCUCAUCUCAGUUCAUUCAAUGUCUCUUACAACAAUUUAUCUGGUCCUGUCCCAUCUCCACUUUCCAAAAGAUUCAAUGCUAGCUCCUUUUCAGGGAAUCUUGAGCUUUGUGGGUACAUCAGUUCAAAACCGUGCCCUUCACCCCCACCUCAUAAUCUUCCAGCUCAAUCACCAAACCCUCCUUCCAAGCCACACCACCGUAAACUAAGCACCAAGGACAUAAUCCUCAUAGUAGCAGGCAUUCUCCUGUUAAUUCUGCUAUUACUGUGCUGCUUUUUGUUAUGUUGUUUGAUCAGGAGAAGAACUGCUUCAAGCAGAAAGAGUGGCAAGAUGGCUAAGGCUGCAGCAUCUGCUAGGAGUGUUGAGAAAGGUGCAACAACUGGUGGUGAAAUUCAAUCAGGAGGUGAAGCUGGAGGAAAACUAGUUCACUUUGAUGGACCUUUUGUGUUUACUGCUGAUGAUCUUUUGUGUGCAACUGCUGAGAUAAUGGGGAAAAGUGCAUAUGGAACAGCAUACAAGGCAACAUUGGAGGAUGGGAACCAAGUUGCUGUGAAAAGGUUGAGGGAGAAAACUACUAAAGGGCAGAAGGAGUUUGAAACUGAGGUUGCUGCACUUGGCAAAAUCAGACACCCAAAUCUCUUAGCCCUUAGAGCCUAUUAUUUAGGACCCAAAGGAGAGAAGCUUCUUGUCUUUGAUUACAUGACCAAAGGAAGCCUAGCAUCAUUCCUUCAUGCUCGGGGACCUGAAAUUGUCAUUGAAUGGCCAACGAGGAUGAAAAUAGCCAUUGGAGUCACUAAUGGUUUGUGUUACCUCCAUAACCAAGAGAAUAUAAUACAUGGGAAUCUUACAUCUACCAACAUACUCUUAGAUGAGCAAACAAAUGCACAUAUCACAGAUUUUGGUCUUUCAAGGCUAAUGACAACUUCUGCCAACACCAACAUAAUUGCCACUGCAGGAAGUUUAGGCUAUAAUGCACCAGAACUUUCAAAAACCAAGAAGCCUAACACAAAAACUGAUGUUUAUAGCCUUGGUGUCAUUAUCUUGGAACUCCUAACUGGUAAACCACCUGGGGAACCAACCAAUGGCAUGGAUUUGCCACAAUGGGUGGCAUCCAUAGUAAAGGAGGAAUGGACUAAUGAAGUGUUUGAUUUGGAACUCAUGAGGGAUGCACCAACCAUAGGGGAUGAACUUCUUAAUACAUUGAAAUUAGCAUUGCAUUGUGUGGAUCCAUCUCCAGCUGCUAGGCCUGAAGUUCAGCAAGUUCUACAGCAAUUAGAGGAGAUCAAACCAGACUUGGUUGCAGUGGAUGAUGAAGCUCAAGUCCAAACAACUGAAUGA